AGGCAUUGCAAGUGGAGCUUACAUGGCCGUCCAUACAAACACUGAACAAACGAGCAUGUGACUGAGAGGCAAGGGUCUGCACCACAUGAUCUGGACCAGUGGAGGAAGCCUAAAUCAAUCAGUGGUCAUCCCUUCAUCACAUUGAGAAGCUCAAGCAGCCAUGUCGACCAAAACGUCCCUGCUGAAAGUGAUCCUCCUGGGUGACGGCGGCGUGGGAAAGAGCUCCAUCAUGAAUCGCUACGUCACCAACAAAUUCGAUGCGCACCUCUUCCACACUAUCGGCGUGGAGUUUCUCAACAAGGACCUAGAAGUGGAUGGCCACCAAGUCACCUUACAAAUUUGGGACACCGCCGGCCAGGAGCGCUUUCGCAGCCUAAGGACUCCUUUCUACCGAGGCUCCGACUGCUGUUUGCUCACAUUCAGCGUCGACGACAACCAGAGCUUCCUCAAUCUGGGCAACUGGAAGAAGGAGUUCAUAUACUACGCAGACGUCAAGGAGCCGGAGAAGUUCCCUUUUGUGGUGCUGGGCAACAAACUGGAUGUGAGCGAGAGACAGGUGACCACAGAGGAGGCCCGGCUGUGGUGCCAGGAGAACGGCGACCAUCCAUAUUAUGAGACCAGCGCCAAGGAUGCCACCAACGUGGCGGUGGCCUUCGAGGAGGCGGUUCGCCGGGUUUUGGCAAUGGACGAGCGGGCAGAGCACCUCAUCCCUACGGACACGGUCAAGCUUCACAGAAAGCCUCGCUCUGCUGCCACCUGCUGCUCUUAAUAUAAUAAAUAUUGCUGUUCAAGUGAUGAGGCUGUAUUAACAAUGUGUUCAAACUUCUAACAUAUUUGAUUUGUUCUGUAUGGGUUUGCUUACAGAUGGGGUCAGUUAAUUAGGGGAAGCACUAAGUGUGUCUUACUGCAAAUAAACACGAAAAGCACUGAAUCCUUCACUCAGUUCGCAUUUUAAGAAUGGAUGCCAUUUCAUUGUAGCUUUGUCUGGGUACCCAAAAUAUACCAAUCUGUAGAUGAGUGCAAUUAUGUGAUGAUAUUGUUAAUAUUUAAAUUUGCAUUCAUUCCUAUCGUUUAGCCAGAUGUUACUAACAACAUUGAUUUUUGACAGUUUGCAAAUGUUUUUGCCUUGUAGAUUAAUUAUUGCUAUGCUAACGGCACAGAUGCACCGGAAUUGAGAUAAACAUUAAAACUGGAAACUUGUAUUUUAUUUAAGCCCUAAUACCAGAAAUUCAGAGAAUUUUGGGUAGAUUGUUUAAGAUGUUUAGCGUGAUUUUUUUUUUUUUUUUUUUUUUUGAUACACUUUACAGUUGAAGGUAUUUUUCAAGGUGAAAUCAAAUGCUCAUUUGCGUUUGUUAUACAUGUGCCAAACAAAAAAAUAAAGCAUCUGGGAAUCUGU